CCCCUAAUACAAGAUGAUGUCUUCAUAAAAGGGGAAAUUUGGAUACAGACAUGAACAUAGGGAGAACACCAUGUGAAGAUGAAGACCUCUGUCUCACCAUAUGAACAUCCUGGGCUGAUUUGCUGGAAGGAUGUGACAAAUACAUAAAGAGCUACACCCGCCAAUUCCUGGCAGCGACCGAACACUUGAUCAGCCAAUAUUAGAAGAAUGACCCUCCCCAACACAGCUAAUGGAGAGGCAAGGACUGCUCCUCCCAAACCAGGUACAGCCAAGAAGAAGGCUCCCAAGAAAGGCAGCCAGACCAAAAACCAAGAGGCAAGAGUGAGUGAGGCCAGGAAGGUCUCCCAACAGCCAGACAAGGCCACGCGGGCCCUUCCCAGGGCCACGGGGCCCAGUGGGAAGUCAAAGGUCAAAGGCAGGAGGAAGGCCAAGGUGGUGAGACCCACAGGAAAACAAAAGCUGGGAGUCGGAAUUCAAAAUGUACCAUCCACAAGGGCAAGAAUGGUGCUGCUUCUCCAGCCAAGAAGGAAAACCAUGUCCCUAAAGAAGUCGUUGCCCAUGUGGCCAAGGAGGGACCUAAAGCCAAAGUUGCUGCUCCUCCGAAUGGUGGCAGGUCUAAGACGCUGCCUGAAUACCUGGCCAGGAAGACAGAGGCCCCCAGGGGCCCUAGGAGGGCUGGUAUGCCCACCAAGGCCUCCUCAUCCAAACUGGCCAGUAGGAAGGCAGAGACUGAGAGCUAGAGCUGGGGUGGACACACUGAGGUCCUGCCUGAAACAUGACAGAGGAGAUGGUGCACCAGGUCUGGGACUAGGUCUUGAAACAUUGUGCUUUGGUUCACUCUCAGACUCAUUCCUUUACAUGAAAAUUAGUCUGGCCAAGCCCCCCCUGGAAGAAGGAAUAUCACGUGAAAUGGAGCCAUUCAAUUAUACACAUGAGGCCACGCUAGACCAGCCAACCCCAUCUGACCCACUGGCUGAUUGCAGAUAG